AGCUCAUCGUGUCGUUUGAAUAACAAAAAAAAAAAAAAAAAGAAGGGGGAAAUAAAUUUAAAAGCUAAUAAGGAUCACAUCUUUAACAUAAAAUCAAACGCAUUUAACUUAGGUCAAGCUCUAUGCCUAAGCUUAAAAUUACAACCACAGUGAAGAUUGAUUAAGUGCGGAAAAGGGCAGAAUGAUGAGGACCGAUUUAUUGAUGAGAAAGUUAAUCCUUCAUAUUUGUACAGUUAUUGUAUUUAGUCUCACUGUGUGUGUGUCUCAAAUUGAAGCAGCACCUCGAUAUCCAGUUGUAUUGAUACCAGGAGAUGGAGGUUCUCAGCUUGUUGCCAAAUUGAACAAAACGUCAGCCCCUCAUUUUAUCUGUCGUAAAUAUACCAAAGAUUAUGAAUCUAUAUGGAUUAAUCUGGAAGAACUUCUGCCUCAAGUUAUUGACUGUUUUGUAGAUAAUAUGAGAUUGGUGUAUGACAAGGUAACAAGAACAACAUCCAACUCUCCUGGAGUAGACAUUCGUACUGUUGAAUUUGGGGGAACAUCAUCUGUUGAGUGGCUAGAUCCCAGUAAACCAUCACAUUAUCUACCUUUUUUGUCCUACUUUUACUCAAUAGUCAAUGAUUUAACAGCUUUUGGAUACAUCAGAGGAGUGUCUGUAAGAGGGGCUCCAUUCGAUUUUAGAAAAGCACCAAAUGAGCUCUCAGAUUACUAUAAGGACCUGAAAAAUAUGAUUGAGGAUACCUACACUAAGAACAAUAAUAGUAAAGUUGUGGCCAUUGCUCACAGUAUGGGAAACCCUGUGUUUCUUUACUUCCUCAACCAACAGCCACAGGAAUGGAAGGACAAGUACAUCCAGUCCAUGAUCGCAUUGGCUGGGGUGUGGGGCGGAGCAGUGAAGCCUUUGAGACUUUUGGCAUCAGGUGACAGUCUUGGAGUAUCUGUAGUUGUGCCACUCAAAGUACGCCCAGAGCAGAGAUCCAUGCCGAGUACAGCCUUUCUAAUGCCCAGUGACAAGUUCUGGAAACCAUCUGAAGUCCUGGUCAGGACAGAAUCCAAAAACUACACUGUGGCUGACUAUAAAGAGUUCUUUAGCGACCUUAAUUUUACUGAUGGUUAUGAGAUGAGAAAGGACACAGAGAUGCUGAUUAGGGAUUUGCAACCUCCUGGUGUGGUUGUCCACUGCCUUCAUGGGACUGGGGUUGAUACACCAGAGACACUGGUCUAUGGAAAAGGUCAGUUCCCAGAUACCUACCCCGAUGUCAUGUAUGGGGAUGGUGAUGGAACCGUCAACAUACGAAGCUUGCUGGGGUGUUUACAAUGGCAGAAUAAGCAGCAGCCCCCUGUGCACCACGUACCUAUCCCUAAUGCAGAACACAUGGCCAUUCUGCAGGACACAACUGUCAGUAAAUAUAUAGCAAGUGUAGUGACAGGGCAGCUGUGAUAAUGUGCAAGAAAAAAAACAUUAAAGAUAAGCUUGUCCACCCAUUGCUUUACUAAACAUUUCCAACUUUUGGUUUGUAUAGUAUAAGCAUCAUUUACUCAGUAUUUAUUUUUUUAGUGAACAAAAAAUGUAACGUAGUUUAAAUCUAACGAGACCUGAUUAUUCUUGCUAUCAAAUUAUUAUAAUUGGAAACUGGAUUAAAGUAUUCUUAUGAAUAGUUUUAUAGACUAUCUACAUCAGUUUAGGGACACUACAAAUAUAAUUACACCAGUAAAAGCACACUAUGCAUAACAUAACAUCAGUACAGGGGCACAAGGUAACUUAACAUCACAACAGUGCAGGGACACUAUACAAAUCAUUACAUCAAAAAAAGGGACACUUUAAAGAACAUUAUAUUUUUUUAAUGACAGUACAGGGACUCAAAACAAUUACAUUAUACAGGAGCACUGCAUACAACAUAUAAAACCUUAAAGGCCCAGGAGUAUGUUCGAAUUGAAACUUCUAAUUAAUUCUGAUCAGUAUGAAAACUUGCUCAAGUAAGUGUAAUAACUAAGCUGGAAACAUAAAAUUUUAUUCAAGAACAAGCUUGUACCAUUUUUUUUUUGGCAUUUUCUUCCUUAUUUAGAAUAUGUUUCUUUGAACUAUUCAUAAUUAACUUGUUUGGUAAUAUUUAUUAAUGUUGAGCACAUUUAUUCCCAAUAAAUAAAAAAAAAUUGCAUUGCAAUUGAAGAACUGUUACAUUUUUUUUGGUACGGUAUUAAAAUUUAAUACCGUACCAAAAAAAAUGUAACAGUCUAAGAUUGCUCUAGAAAUACGCUAGAUUCUAGAUUUACGCUAAAUCACUAGAAUCUAGUGAAGAUAAUUCUCUCACAGCCGUUAAAAGUCCGCGAAGUUUAGUGACAUUGAGUUAGAACCUAUAGAGUCUAGAUCUAUGAUAGAUUCAGUAAAGAUAAUUUCACAGCCGUGAAAAGUCCGCCAAUUUAGUGACUUAAUUAGAUCUAGACUCUAGAAGCAGUGACAGCCGUGAAAAGUCCGCGAAAUUAGUGACUUAGAUCUAGACUCUAGAUUUACGGUAGAUUCAGUGAAAAUAAUUCGCACACAGCCGUGAAAAGUCCGCAAAUUUUAGGGACUAGAUUUACGGUGAUUCAGUGAAGAUAUUUCGAAAAAAAGUCCGCGAAUUUAGUGACUUAGACCUAGACUUAAUUUACGCUAAUCCAAUAGAAUAGAGUGAAGAUAAUUCUCUCACAGCCGUGAAAAGUCCGCGAAUUUAGGGAUUUAAAUUAGAGUCUAGAUCUACUGUAGAUUUAACGAAAAUAUUUCGCACACAGCUGUAGAAAAGCCCGUAGAGUUAUUUUGGUUGUAAUUUACUUAAAACUGAUGGAAAGCAAGUCAACUGCUAAAGUAAGAAUGAAAUAUUUUUUUUUUAAAUCUGUCAAUUUAAGAAAAUUUACAACUUCAGAUUGCGACAGUUUUAGCUGAAUUACAUCUCAUAUUUUUAAAAAGUUAUUCUUCUGUAGUGCAAGCUUGUGUGUGUUUUCUAAUGUAUUAAAAAGUUGCAUUUAAAUGCUUAGGAAACACUAGAGAUGAAUUCUUUUUUUUUUUUUUUUUUGGAGGUAUGAUUUCAACUUAUCAGCAUACAUUUUAAUGAGGGUUUUUAGAUUUAAUAUAUAUAUAUAUAUAAAUAUAUAUAUAUAUAUAUAUAUUGUUCUUUUUACAUAUUUAUGUCAUAUGUAUGUAUAUAUACAUAUAUAUUGAUUGCUAUGGUGCGAUGCAUACCUUGAAAAUCUAAAACUCUACCUUGAAAACCUGGAAAAUACCUGGAAAAUCAUUCAUGAAAUUGGCUAUGAACCCUGUUAAAUGUAAUGAUAUAGAUGUAUUACUAUUAAUCUAAUUUUGUUUUGAAUACAUUUCAUAAAUUAGCUUUUCGAGACUUUCUUCUGUGCAACUAUUUUAUUUUAUAAUUCAGGUUUAUUUAUUAUAUGCCGAUCUGAGAUCAUUUUUGUUGAUAUACAAGAAGUAAUAUUGCAUUUUAAUUUAUUUAUAUUUUAAUCUUUUAAAAAUAAUUUUCAUUAGAAUAUUUUUAUUGUUUCUUGUAACCAAAUGUUAUCAUAAAAUGAUGUGACAUCGUAAGUAAUUAGUACUUUGUAGUCUGUGCUAAGUUAAUUACGUAAUGAAUUUGAAGAACGUAACCUAUUCAGUUAUUCAAGCUAGACAUCAAACCGUUUUAAAUUCUUGAAACCUUUUUUUUUUUUUUUUAACUAAUUUUUUUUUUGUUACAGUUGUACAUUGCAUCUUUUUUUAAUUUCAAUUCAAAUCUGAAUUAAUUGUUUGGUUGCAUUACAAAUCACUAUUGUCUAUUGGUAUUUCUUUCCCAGUAUUUUUUUUUUAAAGAUUUUCUUAAAAUUACCAGUGACUGCAAGUCUCAUGUUUGAAACAUUACCUUAGUAACUGUGCAACUAUAUACUGUUUCUUUGAGUGAUGACUUUACUUCAUAAUAUUAAAGAAUCCACAACUCUCUACAAUAUAUUAGACAUCUAAAUAUUGCCAUUGACAAUCUUUUUGGUCCCAUGUGUGUUAUCAACCAUUGGUAAGGAAUCACACAUGAAAAAUGACAUUUUUUAUACUUGAUGUUUCUAUGUAUUGUAGACAUUAUGAUCAGUUCCAUGCAAAGUAUUCUUGUUCACAUCUUGCAGUGUGUGUUUUAUUAUAGUUGAUUGUUUAAAAGGUACAUAUGCUUUUAAAACAUUGUUUUAUGAAUGUAAAAAAAAUCUUUGUAUGAUUACAUUUUGACACCAUAGCAUUAGAUGAAGUAUCAGAUAAAAAGCUAACUAAUUUGUUCAGAAAGUGAUUUAUGUUUAAAUGUAUUUAUUUUUGUUUUACUUGAAAGACACCAGGCAUGUUCCACAUUCAGGAUUUUCAGCUGCAACAGAAGUUUUGUUAGAUUUUUGUCACGUCUGCUAGUAGUGUUCAUACUUCAUGUUUAUUUAUUUAUAUAUAUAUAUAUAUAUAUAUAUGGAUGUACAGGUGACAUUUUUGAAUGGGUUAUCUCUUAUAGCAGUUGGAAACAAAACUAAGCACAUUUUUCUCAUCUCAUUCUCUCAUUAUGGUUGCAUGUAAUAUCGGGUGGAUCCAAGAGUUGACUGCAUGACUCUUUGAGGCCUUCCUUAAUCUUUGUUUCAUUCCAGUUACUUAAUCUUAAUUCAUUAAUCCUGCGCUUAUUCAAUGUCUGGAAAAAGUUUAUUGUUAUAUCUUUUUUUUUGUUUUCCAUCUAGUGUGAUCUUAAAUAUUGGUUUGAUAAAUAUUGUUCUUUUUUUUUUAAAUACCUUUUAUGUAGCGCAGCUUUCAUGCUUAGAGCAUGCUCAGAGCGCUAUGGUUCCAUCGCAUUUGUAGACUGGUGGGGAAGGGAGUAUCUGGGAGGUUUGCCUUUAGACGCUCAGUAAACACUACUCGGGUGUCAAACCUUGAGCCCCCUUGAUAGGUAACUAACUCUACAUCUCAUCUAUAAGGUGAAAGCAUAUUACUUGUAAAAAAAAUUGUGUAAAAUGUUUUACAUGUUUUGGAUGUUCCUUCAGAGUUGAAGGUGGUUUACUUCCUAGUCCAAACCUCCCACAGGACGACGGGGGAUGGGAGUGGGCAGGGUUUGAGCCCGGGACCAUCGAUAAAUCCAAAAGACAGUCCAGCGCGCAGACCGCACGACCAGCAGCCAUCCAUUGAAUGAAUGUAGACAGAUUUUUUCACUUUAUGUAUAUAAGUUGAGCGAGUCUAAGACUUUAUUGUCAUAGUCCUGGUGUAUUCUCGCUAUCAAGAUUUCUAGUAUAAAUUCAUAUUGAAUUGCCUAAGUCUCAGUGUAUCAUGAAUUCAUUCAUGAAUCAGAUGCUAUAUUUGACAGUACUGGAAAUCUAUAUUUGUAAAAAAAAUGCACCUUGGAUUUUUUUUUUUUGAGCAACCUUUUUUUUUUAUUUUUAAUUGAUGAGCUGCUUUGUUUAGUUGCAACACCUCACAGCUUAUGUUUUGUAUGAACUAAGUUCCAGCCCUUUGAGUAGGUACUUAACAUAUUCAAAUGUAUUUUACCCCCUUUUUUUUUUUAAAUAAAAAUAAUUCAUUAUUCUCUCCACAUUUUUAAAGUCUAUAUAAAGGUUUACAUUUUUUAACAGCCCCCCCCCCCCCCCCCCCCAAGGUGAAUAACUGUUAUGAGUUUCGUGUGGUCUGUCUGUUCAUCUGUCUGACCCAUUUAGAUUGCAAAAACUAGAAAAGAUAUUGAAAAUAAAAAUAUGUUGUUUUUUUUUUUCAUAUAUAUUUUUUAAAUAUUGGCAAUUUUUAAAAAAAAACUUGAGCAAAAAGAAUUUUUGUGUAGAAUAUUUUAUGAAAGUUUUUGUAUAACUUUACUUUGUUUUUGGAAGUUUAAAACCUAUUCUUCUUAGUCAAGUUUUUUUUUAUACAGUAUCAAACAUUUUUUUACUUGAAACAUGUAGGCAUCUUUUUUUUUUUCAUAUUAAGUUGGAAUGAUAAUGGGACACAUAGUUCAUAACUGUAUUUAGCCCAGCUGAAGUGUAGCAAAAGUAUAGGAACUUAUUGCCAGCAAUAACACUUUGAAUUUGCCAAUUUUUUUUCACGACCCCCCCCUUUUUUUUUUUUUUUAAAUAAAAGUCCCAUUUAAAUUUGCAAUUACAGAGAUUAUAGCAUGAACAGGCUAUAGAAUAAAGAAAAGGUGUUAUGAUAUUAAUCUUAA